GUUCGCUUGGAGGAAGGGUUUGAGAUCUUCUCGAAUGAAGCAGUUAAGGACGAGGACGCGCGCGUGCAGGAAGAAUUGCUGAAUCCGGAACGAGGGUUUUUGAUCCUGCACGAUAAGGCAGAGGCCGCCAUGAGUUCAAAGUGUCGUUUGCAGUGGAACAAGCUUCUUGGAAUCACGGAUCCCGGCACACGGUUCCGGAAGGAACUGCACGAGGACUUCGUUUUUUGCGACCCCGACACGAUCGAUUUGCAGAAGUUGCGGGACUUUGUCUCCGGUCGCGGCGCAGACUCUGGACAGGCCCGGCUUCCGUUUGUAGAUGCGCUUCUCGGCCGCAUGACGACGGACCUAUUCCGCCAGAUGGAUGAUGCAACCCGCGACGAGACGGCAAAGAAGCUUCGGUCCUUUUUUCAAAACCUGGAAGUAAAAACCGUCAGAAACCUACAGAACAAGCUGGUGGAUGCGAGGGCACCAGACGGGGAUCCAGUUUGCGUCUACAGUGUGAAGACGCAUUUCAAUCACCACGAAGAGGCUGCAGACACCGAUGGAAAUACAACAAGACGACCUGUCUCCGUUCUUUAUCUCGAAAGUUCGCUGGACGUGUCGGAUUUUUUCUGCACUCUGCAAAUUGCGCGGGUCUUAACGAACGCAAUCCAAAAGGUUACGGGCGCUCAAACCAACUUCGGUGCGCAUUGGUUCGUAAGGACAGUUUUUCUUGAGGGUUACAAGCAGGACUUGCAGGAAUUGGUCUCAACUCCGAGGAAAAUGAGACUGGAGCACUUUGUCGGAGCAAAAGUGCAGCCACAAGAGGUGGAACUGCAAGGAAGCCCCACGUUGCCUUUCGAAGAGGGGGACGACGUCGUGAGGUACGACGCGGACCGGGAUGAGUACUUCAGUGCAACGAUUGUCGCGGCACAACCAGACCCAAACUACGGAGAUGAUGACCCUCGGCGAGUACUGAAUGCCACGUACCUUGUGCUUGUGGACGUCAAUCAGGCGCAGCAACGACGUGAGGAAACUUUGUCGCACCACGACCUGUACAAGUACUAUGAUAAUACCCGGUCCCGGGGCCAGCGGAUAAACGAGUUUUUCUCAUCUAGUUGCGUUUUGGCACUACCUGUGGUGGACGUGGAUGCCCCGAACGCGGCAGGUGUGGCACCGAUUAUACAGGAUACGAACGUGGUGGGUCCGAGUGUACAGAAACUCCGUAGGCAACUUGCCUACCAUGAGCACAUCGUCAGUGCGGCCGAUUACAAGAAGUUCCUGCGUCGACUGAUUGUGCAUUGGCAUCCCGACAAGCAGUCUGUUCCCGAGCCCUUCGCAACUGAGGGUACGAAGUUCUUGGCGCAAGUGUACGAAAGGUUUUCUGAAGACGAGAGCUACCGUUACACUUCUGACGAACUGCAGACGGAAACGGAGCAGCAACGCAAUCACCACGCAUUUCAUCCGCGGCCCCGAGCAACCACAACUCGUCAAGAUUCCCAACAGUACCAGGAAUGGGGGCGGGAGGCGCGCCAGCACCGGCGUGAGCAGCAACUGCCUGCGACCGCGCUGAGAACGCCACGAGGCGGACAGGCAGGGCUGGCUCAAGACAUCGAGGAAGACACAAGCGACGACGAAGAUGAAGAUGUCGCGGUCGGAAAUGACAGCACGGCUGCAGCCGAGACUGAGGCUGCGGAGUAUAUCGCCCUCGGGAUUGAGCUCCGAGGCUACAUCGAUGGAGACUUAGCCAAAAGGCGCUAUGAUGAUGCGUGCUACCAUGCUUUUUCCGCUGUCCACAAGUUGUUGCUCGCGAAGGCCAGACAAGCGGGAUAUGAUAAGCAUCCUGCGAAAGGCUCGAGUGCAAAUUUCAGCGCACGCGGGCUAUCGCUGCUGUACAAGUCGUUGCUGCAAGCAAAUGUCGCAGUCCUCGACGAGGAGCUGGAGAAAAAGAUCAAGGAAAUCCAGGGUCUGUUCAUAAAGACCCAGAGGCCAGAACAACGGUCGAAACUAACACUGGAAUAUGCUACCAAAAUGCGCGACUAUGCUGGAAAAGUCUUUGAGUACUUCGGCAAUUGAGAUGAAUCUAUCACAAUUAGACUAAAUAAAGCGCGAGCCGCGAUUCAGUUUCAGUUUCAGACUUUGACGAUAUUUGGUUACUGAGAAGUAGGGCGUCGCUAAAAUUUGAAAUUCAAAUACUAGGGAUAAUGCUUUUAGAGGACAGAACUUUUUGUUUGUACAUAUCUUCAAGCACGUCAUCUUUGAGUUUAAGGCGCAGCUGCUACCUGUGAUUCGUGACUGUGAUGGUCUACAAUACUUACGUACGCAGCUGCAAAGCCGACUUUAUACUGUUAAAGUUACACGAACGCAUCGUAGUUGAAAAAAACAUUCGUAAUCGAUGUAUUCCAUGACAGAGACGAUCGGAAGUGCUUACCGACAACCAGAUUCCGUGAUCACGACUCAUUUUGAGCACUUCUAAGAACCAUUCCUCAUUUCUGUCGUCCUUUUUAAACGUACUUGACGUACCAGAUCAGAAGUUCGAUCAGAAGUAUAUUCCGGCAAUCAUUCAAAUGCCGCUCAUUCAAUAACAAGAAAGACACGCCGCGACCGAUUCGUCGUUCGCAACCCAUUCAUUUAAAAAGCCAUCUGCGCCUUCGCUAUCCACGGGAAUUCCUAGGACACCGUUUUAAGACGGUCCUUUUGGCCUCCUAUGCCAAUUGAAAUGGAAACGUCACUACAGGAUUCCAUGUCCAUUAGAUGUUCUUGUACUUGUAUAAGGAAAAGAAAUAAAUCAUUUUCUCCGCAUAGAUAUUGCGAGAUGUCUCUCAUCAAGUCGUGACUGACUGCUGGACAUGUCCACCUAAGAAGGCAGCGCCGUCGUGCACAC